UCCACAUGGAGACUAGGAAAGAUGGAGAUUCUGAGAGCAUCUAUGUGAAUGUAGAGGACAAUGGGACCAUUCACAGUGAGGUCUAUGAGAACUUCUGUCCAGAUAUAGCAAUACUGAAAGCAGGUUCUGAGGCUGUUGCUGAGGGGAGGCAGGUACGCUCUGGUAGGCCAGCUACAGUGUGUCUGGGGCUGCUUUGUGUUCUCCUGCUGGCUGUUAUCACAGGCCUGAGUGUAACACAUAAUGCAGAGAAAGAGCAGUUAUGGAACAGGUACAACAACGUGACCAUGGAAUUAGGCCAGUUACAGAGCAGCUUUGACAAUCUGACCAUAGAAAGAGAUGGACUUCAGAGACAGCGUUCUAACAUUGAAAUAUUGUGUCCACAUGGUUGGAGAAGGUUUAAGUCCAGCUGUUACUACAUUUCCCACAACAUAAACACCUGGGAUCAGGGUAGACAGGACUGCAGAAGAAAAGAAGCAGACCUGGUCAUCAUCAACAGCAGAGAGGAACAGGUUUUUGUUUCUGGACUGGCGAGCAACUUCUGGAUUGGUCUGUCUGUCCGUGACCAUUUGAGGCAGUGGAAAUGGGUGGACGGCACAUUGCUCAUAUCUGGGUAUUGGAUGAUAGGAGAACCAAAUUAUUAUACAUACUGGAACUCUGGAACUUUCAUACAUGAGGGCUGUGUGCAGGUAGCCUCUAAGAGUUUAUCCAACUGGAGAGAUGUGCGAUGUGACAACCUGUACACCUGGAUAUGUGAGAAGAUGACUCAAUGUUAAUUAAGUAAAGGACAACUUUCAGACUGCUCGUUCAUUUUCUUCUGCUUCUUUUACUUACUAAGUCUUAUCUACUGCUUAUUAAUUUGACUAUUAACUUGUAAUAAAUGUGAGUGAUGCAUAGGACACUUUGAAAUCCGAUCUGAUUGGCCAGAGCGUUCAGACUGAGAUGCAUCUGUGGAAAUCCAAUCGGAGCAUUUUAGCAUCACAUUUCAAACCUCCUUCAAAUGUUUUUUGCAACUUAUUUGCAAAAAUCAGAUUUCAUGUGUUUUUGGUGUCCAGACUAGCAGAAACAAUCUGGAUAUACCAACAAUCAGAUUUAGGCUGAACAAGGCCUUUGAUGCUCCUACCUUGCUGGUCCACCUUGUAGAUGUAAAGUCAGAGACGACAGCUCAUCAGGUGCUGCAGUUUGUGUUGGUCAUGCUCUAGUCCUUCAUCAGUGGUCACAGGACGCUGCUCACAGAACGCUGUUUGUUGGCGGACUAGCAAUGGCACCUUUGUCUGUUU